AUGGGCUCCUAUCCUGAGCAAUCUCCGGCGCCCUCUUCGGUUCAACCCGUCGGAGGAAUAACGACAGAAAACGAUCGAAAGCGGAGAGAUAACAUCAACGACAAAAUUCAACAACUACUGAAAAUGAUUCCGCCGGAUUUCUUUGAAGACUACUAUAAGCGCAAGGACAGUACGGAGGAGGGUAGUGUAAAUGCAGCGGCUUUGGGCUUGAACAGCAAAGCAAAGGGCACUGGGACGAAGGACGGGAAACCCAAUAAAGGUCAAAUCUUGACGCAGGCAGUCGAGUACAUUGCGCACAUGCAGGGUCAGGUAGAUGCGAAGAACAGAGAAGAAGUUGAACUGAUUAUCAAAAUAAAAGAACUGAGCAAACAGAUGGGCGUUUUUGUCAAUGACAUUAAUAUUCAAAAUACCAGUGCAGAAGUAGCUCUAGCGAGAAUUGGUGUCGGUCCGCUAGCCGAUGCUCCUGGAGAAUUUGACCGAGACCAGAAUAAUAAUAACUUUGAUUAUGGUGGCUACGAUGAGUAUGGCAGCGGAGCCUAG